UGAACAAAGAACCCCGCCCCAAUCUCCUGGUUCCAUACGUGCCAGUCGAGCUUUGUUUACAUGUACUUCGUGAGGGGGACUAUUGGAACUGCUUACGCCUCAAAAUAGCCUGCGAACGCAGACGUAUUUACGGCUGUUGUUCUUUUUCGGCGUAGACAAGCGACAGCAGGAAAUGCGUCUGCAUUCGCAGGCUGAGUUCAAAACCACGGCCACAUAACAUCAAAAAAAGGUCCGCAACAUGUGCCCGAGGCACCAUAAAGCGAGGGUCAAUGCAACUGUGCUGGAAAUGGAAACUAAAAAAAAUACUUAAUGUGGUGAACCAUCUGAUGACAGACUCAGCUGCCAUUCUGAGCAGACCUAUAGUCCUGCUCCUAAUUUAAGAAUUGUGAACGAUUUUGUGAAAUAUUGUGUAUAAAUGAAUGUUCUAAACUGAUUGAGAAUUUGUCAGUAAUUACCGUUAAGACUUGUUUUCAAGUGUGAUCAGAAGCACAUGACCUAGAAGCGUCUAAAUUCUGUUUAUGUGUUCGGAGCAGAAGCAUAUCACCUAGUCUAGGCGAUAUGCUUCUGGUGUGAUACAAUCCUUUAUUCCCGUUAUUUGCUCAAGGAGACAUAAUAUGUUUUAAUAUUACCUACUUCUACUACUUUUGCAGGUUUCAACAGGCUCUUACAAUGGACCUAAUUCUUUCAGCAGUAUUUGGUCUUCAAGCCAACUCUCAAGACAAUCCUGACGACCCGUUCAUCAGCGCGGCUCGUCAGGCUUUGAAACAAAGUUUUUCAAAGAAAAUCCUGCUUGGCUCACUUCUGCCAUUUGGAAUUAAACUCAUGGAAAAAUUCCCAAGCAUUUGGCUUUCAAAUGCUACACCAUUACUCAAGAUGACAGAGAAAAUUAUUUCCGCGAAGAAGGCAGGAAAUGGAGGCUCUUCAAGAAAGGUCUGUUGAAUCGUAGUUUGGAGAAAUGGAGAAGAAGAGAAAUACAAAAUAUUAUUCAUUGAAUCAUCAUUAUUCAUUGAACCUUCCCUUCUUAGGACAUGUUGGAUUUGAUGCUGGCAGCCUCAGAUGACCCCUCUGUCCCUGAGUCAAAGAAGCUGUCAGACACGGAAGUCCUUGCACAGAGCAUUAUUUUUCUUGCUGCUGGAUAUGAAACGAGCAGUGGAACCCUGAGUCUGACGUGUUACCACAUCGCCACAAACCCUGACGUUCAAGACAAACUGCAGCAAGAAAUUGACAGUGUGUGGACUGAGGAGGAACAGGUGCCGACUUAUGAAACAGUAAAUGAGCUGCCAUACCUUGACAUGGUGAUAUCCGAGACACUCCGGCUCUACCCGCCAGGAUUCAUGAUAUCCCGCGGCUGUACUAAAGCAUGUGCCAUCAAAGACAUUAAGAUACCCAAAGAUUCCCCCAUUCUCAUUCCUGUUUACAGUAUACAAAGAGACCCCGCGGUUUUUCCAGACCCGGAGAAGUUUGACCCAGAGCGCUUUGCACCUUCAGCCAAACAGUCACGCAAUCCUUACAGUUUCUUGCCGUUUGGUCACGGACCACACAGCUGUAUAGGAAUGCGCUUUGCGAAAAUGCAGAUAAGGCUGGUGUUAGCACGAAUGUUAAGGAAAUAUCGCUUGGAAGUCGCACCGGAUACAAAGAUUCCUCCUGACGUAAAAGCCAAGGCGACUUUGGGGAGCCCGGAAAUAAAUCUUAGUAUUGUUUCAAGAUCUUCUCUUCCUUCUAGUGAAGUCCAUAGGACGGAGGACUAUUGA